CCGCUCCUAACUCCUGCGCCUGGCUCCUUGCAGCGCUGCUGGCCGUGGAGAGCGACACCUUUGGGAGCCACGUUCGCAUCAAGGGCAAGGAGACGGGCUACUACGUCUGCAUGGACAGGAGAGGGAAGGUGCUGGGCAAGCUGGACGGGCGGAGCCGGGGCUGUGUCUUCGUGGAAGAAGUCCUGGAGAACAACUUCACGGCCUUCAUGUCGGCCGGGCACCGGGGCUGGUUCCUGGGCUUCACCCGCAAGGGGCGGGCACAGAGGGGGCCGCGCACCCACCGGACCCAGCGCGAAGGGCACUUCAUGAAGAGGCCCCCCAAGGGCACAGGGGGCGAGGGGCAGAGCCCAUUUCGCUUCACCGCCCUCACCCCGCGGACUAAGCGGGCCCUGGGGCCCUAGAGCCAGGAGCCCGCGCCCACCCGGUGCCCCCAGGCCAUGCCCAGCUCAGCACGGCGAGGAGAUGGGCUCCUAGCAUGCAACGCUCCCCCCGCCAGGCUGGCUUCAGACCCGCGGGGGCAGAACUCCCAGCAUGCAGUUCUGCUGCUCCGGCCACGCCAAGGAGGGGUGGGCUACCAGCCAUGGGGGCGGGACACAGGCUCUGCCCCACAUGCCAGCUGGCUUGCAGCAGUGCAUGCUGGGAUGUCGGUCCCAUGGGCUGGACACGGGCGAAGGAAAGGUUGUGGUCCCACAGCGCAGGGCCUGGGCUGGGCUGGGCGCUGCUGCCCCACAGCCCGUGACAGGCGGGUCACCCCACACGCCGCACAGGGGGCCGGGCGCUGCCCCACAGCCCGUGACAGGCGGGUCACCCCACACGCCGCACAGGGGGCCGGGCGCUGCCCCACAGCCCGUGACAGGCGGGUCACCCCACACGCCGCACAGGGGGCUGGGCGCUGCCCCACAGCCCGUGACAGGCGGGUCACCCCACACGCCGCACAGGGGGCUGGGCGCUGCCCCACAGCCCGUGACAGGCGGGUCACCCCACACGCCGCACAGGGGGCUGGGCGCUGCCCCACAGCCCGUGAC